AUUGACCAGGACAAUGCUGACAAUUGUGAGACUCCUGUCUACCUGAUUGGAAGUGAAGACAGUUCCAGGAAAGCAGAGGAGUUAAUAAAGGAACUUUUAAAACCCAAGACUACUAUUAUACAGAUUCAAACUGAUAUUUUAGAUGAAAUAUAUAAACAGAAGUUCAAGACCCCGUCACCGAUUCAGGCUCAAGGCUGGCCAGUGGCUCUACAAGGUCUGGAUCUGAUUGGUAUAGCUCAGACUGGAACUGGUAAAACAUUAGCAUUCCUUCUACCAGCAUUGAUACACAUUGAUCUGCAACCUGUUCCUCGCUCAGAACGUGGUGGUCCUAAUGUGCUGAUAUUGUCACCGACCAGAGAGCUUGCAUUGCAGAUAGAAAUGGAAUGUAAUAAGUACCACUAUAGGGGAAUAAAGGGGUCAGCUUGCCAUGCAGUAACACAAAUUGUAGAGUUCGUAGCUGAAGAAGAUAAAAGAACACGGACACUACAGUUUAUUGAUGAAAUGGAAGAGGAUGAUAAAGUACUUAUAUUUGUUGGCCGAAAGACAACCGCUGAUGAUAUCUCAAGUGAUUUUUCCUUGCGUAAUAUAAGCGUACAAUGUAUCCACGGAGGCAGGGAACAAAUGGACAGGGAACAAGCGUUACUGGAUUUCAAAGAUAGUUCUGUGCGUAUCUUGAUAGCAACAGACGUGGCAUCCAGGGGUCUAGAUAUCAAAGACAUAACACAUGUAUUCAACUUUGAUUUUCCUCAUAACAUUGAAGAGUAUGAAGUGCCUGAUGAAUUAGUCUCCAUGGCAGAGCGGUACAAGAGCUGGCUGGAAAGGAAUGGCGGACGUGGCGGUGGAAGAGGAGGUAGAGGAGGUCGCCGUGGCUAUGGUGGCUACCGUAGUGAUAAUGAUCGAUUCAGUUCUGGUAGCAGCGAUCCAUUUGGUGGUGGUAGCUGGGGCAACAAAAGACAAGGAGGGUUCAAUAGAUUCUAG